AUGGUCGACGUUGGGAACUAUCUGCGGUGCUUCCGGAGGCGUGUCCGCAAUGGUGCGGACAAGCUAGAUGGUGGUCAAUUAGAAUUUACCCUCAGAGCGGUUUUCUUUGGACUACUCAUUGGAUGUCUGUUAUGCUUCACGAAUUUGUACUUCGGGUUGCAGACGGGAUGGAUCAGCAUGAUGUCUCUUCAGUCAGCCCUUAUUGGAUUUCUCGUCUCGCGAUUCUUUUCCAAACCCAUGAGCGCACAAGAGAACGUCGUUCUGCAAACUAUUGCAGUAGCAACCGGAACAAUGCCUCUCGCCGCUGGUUUCGUGGGCAUAUUGCCUGCCCUCGGUCUACUGGAUGAAGAGAGAGAUGGCGUGCCUCCCUUGCGUCUCUCAUGGAUAGGUACAGUGGGCUGGUCGUGUGCCGUCGCCUUCUUCGGAGUAUUUCUCUCGCCUCCAAUACGCAAACAAGUGAUUAUAGAGGAACAGCUCGCUUUCCCGUCAGGGACAGCCACUGCGCAACUGAUCUCAGUGUUACACCAAAUACCCCCUCCAGAAGGGACUAUCCGACAACGAAGAGGCUAUCAAGAGCUUGAUACUGACGAUAUAGAAGGCCCUCCAUCACCGGAGUCUGAUGUUACGGAAAGCUUUGAGUCGGAGGCUGUCGAGCAGGAAGGCUGGGGAGCGCUGUUGUGGAGCUUUGUCGCGUCUGGCGUAAUGACGCUUACAGCUUAUUUCUUCCCUGUCGUGUUUGCCAUACCACUCUUCGGGAACCACUUGGCGAACGAAUGGCUGUGGACAUUCACGCCCAGUCUAUCAUACAUUGGCCAAGGCAUUAUUAUGGGAUUCCCAACGACGCUCAGUAUGAACCUCGGCAUGCUCGUUGGAUGGGGUAUCCUGUCUCCGCUCGCAAAACAUGCAGGUUGGGCGCCGGGACCAGUAGGCGACAUGACCAUCGGUGCGCGGGGUUGGAUCCUCUGGGUUUCCCUUGCCAUCAUGUGUGCGGACAGUCUCGUCUCGCUGAUGCCUGUCAUUGGCGAGAUUUUUUACACAAAGGUUUGGCUCCCCAAAACAAAAUCGGGCAGUAGUGUAAGCGCCGUCGAUGACAAGGAGGCGGAGCCACCUGAGAGGCUCGUGCCUACUAGCUGGGUCCUGUGGGGUCUAAGUGGCAGUGUGGUCUUCGGCACUGGUCUUGUGUGGUUAGUAUUUGGCCACGAAGGUAUUAAGCCGUGGGCUACUGUCGUCGGAUACUUGAUGGGCGCGCUUCUCAGUGUUCUCGGAGUCCGAGCACUUGGAGAAACUGAUCUGAAUCCUGUCAGUGGGCUGGGUAAGAUCAGCCAGCUCUUCUUCGCGUGGAUCCAGCCGGGCAAUAUCGUUGCCAAUAUUAUUGCCGGUGGUGUUGCUGAAGCUGGUGCACAACAAGCGGGAGACUUGAUGCAGGACCUGAAGACCGGCCAUUUAAUUCACGCCUCGCCCCGCGCUCAAUUCUUUGGCCAGCUUAUUGGUUCAUGUCUGUCCAUUAUAGUCACGGCGACAGCGUACACUCUGUACAACCGCGCUUACCAAAUUCCUGGACCCUCGUUCCCUGCACCAACCGCAUAUGUGUGGUUAGGUCUUGCUCGCUUGCUCCGUGACGGCCAGUUGCCCGAGAAGAGCAGUGAUUUCAUGGUUGCUUUUGCUAUCUUUUUCGCGCUGGUGUCAGCAGCCAAGGCAUACGUAGGGCGACGAGGCGCAUGGUACACAAAGUGGAUACCCUCCGGCGUGGCCUUCGCGAUCGGCUUCCUAAACACGCCGGCUUUCUCGCUCGCGCGAUUAAUUGGCGGGAUCAUCGAGCACGUCUACUACACCCGCGUCGGGCGCGACACUGGUGGCAUUCGGCUCAUCAUCAUCGCCAGCGGCUUCGUACUCGGCGAGGGUGUGGUGAGUGUGGUGUCCCUGAUUCUGCGAACAUGGGGAAUCGGCGUGGCGGGCUGUUGGGGAUGUGGACACGGGAUGUGUGGAGGAUGUCCUGCGUGA